CAGCAGCAGCGCCUGCAGCAGCAGCAACUGCUGCUGCUGCAGCCCCUCCCUCCUCGGGGUCUCUGGCCUCCGAGGAAGCGGCCGCCGCCCAGCCCCCUGCAGCAGCAGCAGCUGCUGCUGCUGCUGGCGCUGCUGCGGGACGCGCGUGCCCCCCCGCAGCAGGCAGCAAGAGCAGCAGCAGCAGCAGCAGCAGCGCGGGGGCAGCAGCAGCAGAAGACCUGUUUGGCUUCCCAGACGCCGCAGUGGCCAAAGUGGGGCUGAGCGCAACGCCGUCUUCUUUGCUGCUGCAUGCAGCUGUCUAUACACCCCAGCUCUGCUCGCUGCUGGGGGCCCUGUGGGGCCCCAAGGGGGCCCCCCAUGAGAGGGUGAAGGAUUUGCUGCUGUGGCUGUUUCCGAACCUUCUUGUUGCUGCUGCUUUUGUCUUCACUUUAAUUGCCUGUCUUGUCUGCGACGCAGCAGUGGAAAUGGACUUCUGUUUGCUGCUGCUGCUGCUGCUCAGCUGGGCCGUCCUUGCUGCAGUUGCUGCAGCAAGAAACGUCGCAGCAGUUCAGUGCAGCAGCAGCGAGCCCCUCUCCAGACAGGGCAGCAGCCGCAGGCUCCACCUCCAGCCGGGGGCCCCCCAGGGGGCCCCCCAGGGGGCCCUCAGCGGGGCCCCCACGCAGCAAGCCGCGGGGGCCCUUUGUGUAGCCGGGGGCCCCGCAGCAGAGGCCUUUGCGGCAGAUGCUGCUGCAGCAACAGCAGCAGCAGCCCUGCCAGCAGCAGCAGCAGCAGCAGCGGGCCUCAGUGCGGCUUGCGGGGAAGCAGCCAGCUUCAGGUGUACGUACACCCCAGAGAGGCCGGCUCUGGGGGCCUCAGCCGAAGCGGAAAGAGAGACAAAGAAUGUGCAGCAGCAGCAGGGCCUUGAAGGCGCAUGCAGCCAGCAGCAGCAGCAGCAGGGGGAAGAGAACCUGGUGCCGCUGAGGAGCAGCAGCAGCAGCAGCGGCAGCGGCUGCUGCAGCAAGGAGCUCUCAAUGCAGGAGCUGCAGCAGCAGCAGCAGCAUUCUCUGCUGCAGCCGACACGCCCGCGACAGAAGCGUUGGCGCCGUCCUCCCCAGCAGCAGCAGCAGCAGCAGCAGCAGGUGAGGUGCUGUUUCCUGUGGUGCGGGAGGAAGCAGCAGAAUACGGAGAAGAGAGAGAAAGGACUUUGUGCGGCUACGAAGAAGCAAGUGAUGAUGCUUGCUGCUUGA